AUGGUCGUCUAUUCGUUCUAUAUCUUCGACCGCCACGCCGAGUGCAUCUAUAAGAGGCGAUGGCUUCCCCGUCCGGCCUCGAUAGUCGGUAAAUCAUCGCGACCAACUUCUGAGGUCGCUACUCAGAAUGGUAUCCCCUCUGUUUUUGGCCAACCUGCGCGGACGACCGACGACGAUGCGAAGCUGAUUUUCGGUACUGUUUUCUCCCUUCGAAACAUGGUGCGCAAGUUGGGAGGUGAGGAUGACAGCUUCGUCACUUAUCGCACCAGCCAAUACAAGCUUCACUACUACGAAACUCCCACGAAUAUCAAGUUUGUCAUGCUCACGGAUGUCAAGAGUCCGAGCAUGCGAGUUGCUUUACAGCAGAUUUAUAUCAAUCUUUAUGUCGAGUACGGUACGUGA